CAGGGGGCGUGUCCUUGCGAGGCGGACAGGGGCGUGGCCUGUCGGGAGGGAGUCUCCCGCUACCAGUGGGCCGGGGUCAGUCAGGCUCAGGAUGAAGCGCUUGCAGGUUGUUCUCGGCCACCUGUCGGGCCGCCCGGAUCUGGGCUCGGGUCUGGCCCUGCAGGCCUCCCCAUGUUCGGGCCUCACUCCCAAAGCCUCCUCCAGGGCGUCCGCCGACGACAUCGUGGUAGUGCAUGGGCGACGCACGGCCAUCGGCAAGGCGGGCCGCGGCGGCUUCAAGGACACUACGCCAGACGAGUUGCUGGCCGCCGUGCUGACCGCCGUCCUGCGGGACGUGCGGCUGCCGCCUGGGGAAGUGGGCGACAUCUGUGUGGGGAACGUGCUGCAGCCAGGGGCUGGUGCUGUCAUGGCCAGAAUUGCCCAGUUUCUAAGUGACAUCCCAGAGACGGUGCCUCUGUGCACAGUGAACCGGCAGUGCUCUUCGGGGCUGCAGGCCGUGAUAAACAUUGCAGGUGGGAUCCGCCAGGGUUGUUAUGACAUCGGCCUGGCCUGUGGGGUGGAGUCUAUGUCCAUGGCUGACCGAGGGAACCCCGGCAACAUCACGUCCCGCCUGGUGGAUAACAGUAAAGCCAGAGACUGUUUGAUUCCCAUGGGGAUCACGGCAGAAAAUGUGGCUGAGCGCUUUGGCAUCUCCCGGGAGAAGCAGGACGCCUUCUCUUUGGCUUCCCAGCAGAAGGCAGCCAGUGCCCAGAGCCGGGGCUGUUUCCAGGCAGAGAUUGUGCCCGUGAAGACCACCAUCCAGGACAACAAGGGGAACGAGAAGAGCAUCACUGUGUCCCAGGACGAAGGCAUCCGAGGCAACACCACGCUGGAAGGCCUCGCCAAGUUGAAGCCGGCCUUCAAGAAGGAUGGCUCCACCACAGCCGGAAAUUCCAGCCAAGUGAGUGACGGAGCCGCUGCCAUCCUGCUGGCUCGCCGGGCCAGGGCCGAGCAGCUGGGCCUCCCUGUCCUCGGUGUUCUGAGGUCCUACGCUGUGGUGGGCGUCCCCCCUGACAUAAUGGGCAUUGGACCCGCUCACGCCAUCCCGGUGGCAUUGCAGAGAUCAGGGCUAACGGUGAACGACGUGGACAUCUUUGAGAUCAACGAGGCCUUUGCCAGUCAGGCUAUUUAUUGUGUGGAGAAGCUAGGGAUCCCCCCAGAGAAAGUGAAUCCCCUGGGAGGAGCCAUUGCCUUGGGGCACCCAUUGGGAUGCACAGGGGCCCGCCAGGUUAUCACACUCCUCAAUGAGCUGAAACGCAGGGGGAAGAGGGCUUAUGGUGUGGUGUCCAUGUGUAUCGGGACAGGAAUGGGAGCUGCCGCUGUCUUCGAGUACCCGGGGCCCUGAGAGGGGACACCCUCAGAGCCCUGGGGAGAGGGGCUGGCCUUUGGCCUCCUGCUGGGGGACAGAGCUCAGGCUGCACCUCCUGCCUCCUCUCUCCCCUCCCUCCCUUGUUGGGAGCGGGCCUGAAGGCAGCCGUUGGUGGGGGGAGCACCAGCAGCUUCCCGGCUCUUGUGCCUUUUUAAAAGAAAUGUUUGUUCUCUUGUAUAAAUAACUGAAAUUACAGCCAGUAGAGCGGGCAGGGAAAGGGGGGCAUGCAGGUGGGGGGCACACGGUGGCCUGGAAAUCUCUUUAAUCAGAACAAUAAACCCUCCUGACUAUGUGUCCCA